AUGGAACAGACCGAACCCAUCCCUCCGAAAGACUCCUUGGAAACCGCGGUGGAGCAAAAGCUCUUCCCUGCUCACGACGACGGCAGCUCCUUCACAAUCUUCCGUGUCCCCGCCCACAUCCGCGAGGAGAACAAGAAGCUGUAUGAGCCGCAGCUGGUGUCCAUCGGCCCUUACUACCGCGGCCGCGACGCGCUCCGCGCCAUGGAGCAGCACAAGUUGCGCCUCCUCCGCCAUUUCCUCCAGCGAGCGGCGACCGUCCCGCUCUCCGACUUCGUGCGGGCGGUUCGGGCCGUCGAGCGGCGCGCCCGCUGCUGCUACAGCGAGAGGACGAGCGUCUUCGACGGCUACUUCAUCCUCGAGUUCUUCUUCAAGUGGAACAGGGGCGAGCCCGACCCGCUCUGCGACGUCGGCUGGGGCCUCACGCUGCUGCACUCGGACCUCCUCCUCCUCGAGAACCAGAUCCCCUUCUUCGUGCUCGAGCGCCUCUUUGACACCUUCUUCCGUGGCGCCGUAACGCAGGACAAUCUAGUCAAGAUUCUGCUCAUCCAGCUCAAGCUUAACGGCACCGUCGUGCCCAGACAACCACUGCGUCCGGAGUUCACCGGGCAGUUCGACCAUUUACUCCAUCUUUUGCACGACAAGUUCGUGCCCAAGCUCGAGGAGCUGGAGUUACCUGCGGUAACCAAUGGCUCGCCAUCUCCGUCGCCGCCUCGGCUGCUGCUGAUACCCUGUGUAUCGCUGCUGCGAGAGGCCGGCGUCACGUUCAGGAAGAAGAGGUCGCCCCGGGAUAUGUUCGACGUAACAUUCGACAGGAAGAGGGGAGUCAUGGAGUUGCUACGCAUCGAGAUCCAUCUUGCGAACCUGACGCAGCUGAUGAAUCUCAUCGCCUUCGAGCAGAGCAGGGGGACAACGCGCCGGGACUCCGGCGCCGCUGACGAGCUACAGCGCGCUCAUGUCGUCGCUGGUCAGAUCGGGGCAGGACGUCUCCGUGCUCCAGCGGGGUGGCAUCGUUGACAACCUGCUGUCCAACGAUGACGAAGCGGCCAUCAACUUCUUCAGCCGUCUGGGCGAUCCGUGCACCAUGCACUACAGCGACAACCUGUUCGCUCAACUGUUCGACGAUGUGAAAUGCUACCACGACUCGAGCUGGCACAAGCACAGGACGUUGUUUAAACGUGCCCACUGCAGCACUCCGUGGUCGAUCAUCGCCCUCGUGCUUGCAAUUAUAGCUUUCUUCUACUCGUUCUUCAGUCAAUCUGUGGCCAUCUAUGGCCAAGCACGACGCCAUUAGAUUUGUCUUCUCAUUCUUCAGUUAAUAUAUAUGGCCAUGCAAGGCAUCAUUAGAUUUAUCGAUCUUUCUCGUUCUUCAAGAUCAAUCAAUCUUCGGCCAUCGAGGGCCUAACACGUACGGCAUCAUUGGAUAUUAUAA